AUGUCGCUUAAAUUACCUCAAGCCCCAAAUUCUGGGUUAUUUAAGCAAGGAUACCAAUCGCACACCAGUGCUGAUGGGGUAAUCAUAAAAAAUAUUGAAGCAGUUCGAGAAAUAUCAUCGAUUUUAUUGACAUCGAUGGGACCAAGUGGUAGAAAUAAAAUUAUCAUUAAUCAAUUAGGAAGGAUUUUUAUAACAAAUGAUGCUGCCACCAUGCUCAAUGAAUUAGAAAUUGUACAUCCUGCAGUGAAAAUUUUGAUUAUGGCGUCUAAGCAACAAGAGUUUGAGAUGGGUGACAAUACCAACCUAGUUAUCAUUUUGGCAGGGGAAUUUUUGAACAUUGCUGAAAAAUUACUCAAUUUAGGAUUGAAUGUGACUGAGAUCAUGCAAGGGUAUAAUUUGGCAAAUAAGUUUGUCAUGGAUACAUUAGAAUCGUUGGUUGUUAGUAACGUUGAGUCGAUUACUGAAACCAGCGAAUUAUUGAAGGUCAUCAAGCCUGUCAUUUCAGCUAAACAAUAUGGAAAUGAAGAUUUAAUUUCAAAGUUGGUCAUUGAUGCGGUAAAGAUUGUCAUAAACCCUAAGAAACCACAAAAUUUCAAUAUCGAUUCUAUCAGAGUGGUGAAGAUUAUGGGUUCCAGUUUAUCCAAUUCUGAAGUUGUGAAAGGUAUGGUUUUCCCAAGAGAACCAGAAGGACAUAUUAAAAACAUCAAAACCAAAUCGAAGGUUGUGGUAUUCACUUGUCCAAUUGAUAUUUCGACUACUGAAACCAAGGGUACCGUGUUGUUACAUAACGCUAAAGAAAUGUUAGACUUCAGUAAAGGUGAAGAACAACAAUUAGACCAAAUGUGUAAGGAGAUCUCAGAUUCUGGUGUUAAUGUUGUUGUAGCUGGUGCAAAUAUUGGUGAGUUAGCCUUACAUUAUUUCAAUAAGCACGGUAUUUUGGUUUUGAGAGUCCCAUCGAAAUUCGACUUAAGAAGAAUCUGUCAAGUAUGUGGUGCUACUCCUUUGCCAAGAUUAGGUGCUCCAAUGCCAGAUGAAAUGGGUAUUGUUGACGUGAUCGAGACUAAAGAAAUCGGUGGUGAUAGAGUUACAAUUUUCAGACAAGAUGAAUCUAUUUCAAGAACCUCUACUAUUAUUCUUAGAGGUGCUACCCAAAAUAGUCUUGAUGAUAUUGAAAGAGCUAUUGAUGAUGGUGUUAACGCAAUCAAGGGUUUAUUAAAGGAUAAUAGGUUAUUACCAGGUGCAGGUGCUAUUGAAAUUGAGUUGAUUAAAUUAAUUACUCAAUAUGGUGAAAAAACACCAGGUUUAUUGCAAUUAGCUAUUAAGCAUUACGCUAAGGCUUUUGAGGUUAUCCCAAGAGUCUUAGCUGAGACUUCGGGAUUAGAUUCCUCUGAAUUAUUAAGUAAAUUGUAUGCUGCUCAUGCCUUAGACGAUAACAAAGGUAUAAACUUCGGUAUUGAUAUUGAUAAUGAUUCAGAUGAUGGAUUAUUGGAUGUUAAAGAACAUGGUAUACUUGAUUUAUUAUCUGCUAAGAAGUCUGCCAUCGACUUGGCAACCGACGCAACAAAUACAAUCUUAUCUAUCGAUCAAAUUAUUAUGGCCAAGAGGGCCGGUGGUCCACAAAUGCCUAAACAACCAAGACCUGGUAAUUGGGAUCAAGCCGAUUAA